CGGCGAAUUCAGAUUGAGAUGCGGCGAAGUGUGGUUGCGCGAAAAAAUUUCUUGACGUCGCAAAAAUCUACAAUAACUUGCAAUAAAUGCUUUAAAACGCAGUUUAGGAGCACGCAAACCAGUGACAAACGCUGAACGUUCAUGGCGCAACAACUGAGGUAUUGAAAUUCCUCGACAGCAGCUUAAAACAGCGCUGUUAAGUGUAUAAUACCUGACAACUACAUACACACAUACUCCUACACACGCACGCACGCAGUUUCCCUUCGCCGCCCUUUUUUGCCACCCAACACACAUCGAUGAAAUAACAUACAUAACGUAUACCGAAAAUACAUAACGGAGCUGAAAGCAGUGGCAACAGCAGCAAUCACAGGUAAACAGAUAAGAAAACAGUGGAACAGACAGACAGUCAGAGACUGGCACAGACACAUACACAUACACAGGUAUCAGCAGUAGCAACAACAACAACAACAAGCACAACAGCAGUAACAACAACAACAUCAAGAAGAAGAAGAAGAGCAGCAACAGCCUAAGCAAAACAUGUCCGACAUCAUGAACAUUGACAGCAUUAUCUCGCGUCUGCUGGAAGUGCGUGGAGCACGUCCGGGCAAGAAUGUGCAGUUAUCGGAGAAUGAAAUCCGCAGUUUAUGCCUGAAGUCGCGUGAAAUAUUCCUAUCACAGCCCAUACUGCUGGAACUGGAGGCGCCACUUAAGAUAUGCGGUGACAUACAUGGACAAUACUAUGAUCUGUUGCGUCUGUUCGAAUACGGUGGCUUUCCGCCCGAAUCGAACUAUCUAUUCCUUGGCGACUAUGUGGAUCGUGGCAAGCAGUCCUUGGAGACGAUAUGCCUUCUGCUGGCAUACAAAAUCAAAUAUUCCGAGAAUUUCUUUUUGCUGCGCGGCAAUCACGAAUGCGCCAGCAUUAAUCGCAUCUACGGGUUCUACGAUGAAUGCAAGCGACGUUACACCAUCAAACUGUGGAAAACAUUUACGGAUUGUUUCAACUGUCUGCCCGUGGCUGCAAUUGUCGAUGAGAAGAUAUUUUGCUGUCAUGGCGGCCUAAGUCCCGAUUUGUCCUCGAUGGAGCAAAUUCGACGCAUUAUGCGUCCCACAGAUGUGCCAGAUCAGGGCCUAUUGUGCGAUCUCUUGUGGUCCGAUCCAGACAAGGAUACCAUGGGCUGGGGCGAGAAUGAUCGCGGUGUCAGCUUCACAUUUGGAGCAGAGGUUGUGGGCAAAUUUCUACAAAAGCACGAAUUUGAUCUGAUAUGUCGGGCUCAUCAGGUUGUUGAGGAUGGUUACGAGUUCUUUGCCAAGCGACAGCUGGUCACGCUCUUCUCGGCACCAAAUUAUUGCGGUGAAUUUGACAAUGCGGGUGCCAUGAUGUCCGUUGACGACACAUUAAUGUGCUCCUUUCAGAUAUUGAAACCCGCCGAUAAGCGACGAUUUGUUUAUCCAAACUUUGGGAGCUCAGGGCGUCCCCUUACACCACCCCGCGGCGCCAACAAUAAGAAUAAGAAAAAAUAAGCAGCUACAAUAACUUACAAAAACAAAAAAUCAGCAGCAGCAGAAGUAAAAUCAACAACAACAACAAAACGGCCACACACACAAAUACCAAUUAAAAGCGCAAAUUGUUUUGUUUUUUUAUUCGAAUACGUGAAAUCGAAUCGUGAGCAACGUUAUAAGGGUAAAGAAAUUCAUACAAAUUAGCCUAUUUUUCAUUUUGGAAAACGAAAAUAAGGAAAAUUACAUACACAUUACACACACACACACACACUCACAAAUUGAGACACUUUAGUUCAAACUAAUUGUAGUGUUAAACACUGCAUAAGCAUGAAUAUCUCUUAAUGUAUUAAUUUUAUUUUUUGUUAUAGUUUUUCCUUGCGCAAUGCGAAAACACACACACAUUUAUACACACACACACGAAUAAACAUGAAUGUAGAGUAGGUACAAAAAGUGCACACACAGACACAGCAAUUGUUGUAUUUAUUGCAUUUUAUCUCGCACAGCAUUUUUUCGGUUCUUUGCAUAGCACAACAACUAGGCAGAGAAUUAUCUUCUCUCACUUCUAUUUUAUUUAAUAUAGCAAAUGGUAAAAUGUUGUUUUUAUAUAAUUAUUUUUGAAUUUAUAUCAACGCGUUUUUUAUGUGUGUGAAAACAAAGUAUGUACGUAUUUUAAGGACGGUUUAUUUUUUUAUAUUAUAUUUUAUUCACGAUGCAAAUUCUACUAAAUGUUUACUUAGUUUUAAACGCCAAGCAAAUUAAGCUCGAAGGUACAUAAGUUUCACAAUUGUUUACACCAAAAAUAUUAAAAUAAACAACAAAAAUUGUGUAUAUUUUUAACUUGUAUGCGUCGACGAUUAAAUAUGUAAAGCACACAAAACGUGCAUGUAAACAGAAAUCUUACAAAAAAAAAAAAAACAAACAAACUACAAUAAUUAUAAUUAACGUAACACAAUUGCAUAAGAGCAAAGAUUUGUUUAACAAAAACAAAAAUAUAUUCAAUUGCAAUAAUAAUUUCUGAUCAAAAGUUUAACAUGCGCGUUGAGAGCGGCAUACUUUUGAGCGGCACUGUGUGCCCUCAGUCGACGCCACAGAGGCGGCAGAUAAAGUUACAAACAAGAACUACAAAUCUAAAACAUACAUAUUAUAAAUAUAUAUAAAAUAUAUAUAUAUAUAUAUAGUAAUAAAAUUGUAAGCAAAUAAGGAAAACACUCACACGCAAACAAUACUUGCAUUCGUGUAGAUGUGUUUUUGUAUUUGUAUUUUGUGACAGCAACAACAAUAGAAUACUUAAAGUCGAAACAUUCUCGUGCUAAAGGCCGCCACAUUCAAGUAUUAUACUUAUAUACAUGUAUGUUAAUGCCCAGGCAAGCAUCCAAAAAUGGAAUACGUAGUUCUAUCUGUCUAUCUUGAACCCCCCCUCCAACAAAAUGGUUUCGUUUGUAUAAUCCUCCCGGCCCGCCACAUAACGCACAGAGUUUUCAACUUGAAUGUUCAGCUACAGCCAUCCUCGGCCCCCCUCCAGACUUCCCCUUGUCAAAGCCCCUCUAGUACUCUGUUUAAUGUUGUACCGAAUUCUACAUAUACGCAAAA